GUUGGCCAGUCGAUGAUUCGCCCGUUUGAAAAGAGGAAGAACUUACAAGAUAUCUUCAGUGAGGAAGAAGUCUUUUGCCGGCAAAGAGCCCGUGUUUGUAUUUGGCAUUCGCUAGCUAGUACCAUAGUACCAUUAGUACGGUGAGUUGUGAAAGGUUCGUUCGACUCAGGAAAAUGAAGACGGUUUUUUGUGUGGUGGCGCUUGCGCUUUUUGGUUAUGUCAGCGCUCAAAAAGGAGCUCAAGAAGAUCCUUGUAAAGUAAAGUCAAGAGUUGUCGGCGAUAUCACGUACUGCGAUAGAUACUGGGAGUGUGUGAACGGUCAACCAGAAUUGUACGAUUGUCCAAACGGUCUGGUGUUUGCAGGCAAAAACAAAGGUGUUACUGAAGGAUGCGAUUAUCCUUGGAGGUCGAACUAUUGCGACGGGAAGCAACAAGCAAAUCCACCAAUCGGAACCGAACAUUGCGGAUGGCUGUAUGGUAUUUUCGGACACGAAACGUCCUGUACCAGAUACUGGACGUGUUGGAAUGGAACCGUGGUUGAACAAUUCUGCAUUGGUGGUCUUCUAUACAACGAAAAAACCCACUCUUGCGAUUGGCCCGAGAAUGUAGAAGGAUGUCAAAAACAUCCCCUCUGUAACGACGACCCCAACGGAAACGUACCAUUAGGAAAAUCCUGCAACAGAUACUGGCAAUGCCAAGGAGGAUACCCAAGACUCCAAAGGUGCCCCGCUAUGUUGGUAUUCGACCGACAUGCUUUAAGAUGCGUCGUACCCCCCACUGACGACUGCGACAUUCCUUCCACAAUCCCACCACCACUUCCAGAAGAAGAUGAACUCGACAACAUCCCCCAAAAUAAUCCCAACAACAAAGGCAAGAACGACUUCCCGAACCUACCCCCUGGAGCCAUUCCUGUACCUGACAAAAACCAGAACAGGCCUAGGAACUAAGUAGUAGUAGGGAUUUAGUUAUUUAGUUAUGUUUUUGAGUUUUUUUGUGUAUGUGUGAACUAAGUUGUAAAUGUUGAAGUUAAGUAGAUACGAGUCAGGUGAGUGUGUGAUUUUAUGACAAGAAUGGUUAGAAAAACCACGAACUGUUUAGAAUUGUGAAGAUAUAGUUCAUACCAAGCCCUUCUUUCAGUGCGUCAUAGUUUAUCGAAUUCUCUCUAAUGCAUCAAGUGGCAAGUGACAGAAAAAAACGUACGCCCGUGAUUAUUAUACAUUAAGCUCAAAAUAUUAUGUUUCCGUUGACAUUUAGUUGCAUGACUUUCACAAUGUCAUGGAGUAAAAUUAUAAUUGUCAUUAUAGGUUAGUAUAUUUCGACAUUUUAUAGUGAAAAUUUUAUUUUAUAUUUAUUCAUUUUUUAUUAAAAUAUUUUAAAUUAAUAUUCAGGCAAAUAUGUAUUUAUGUAGGUACCUAUUUAUUGGCUUGCAUACUUAAAUAGGUAAAUAUUAAUAUUCUGUCAAUUGUCAGAUUUAAAUAAAGUGUCAUGCAAUUAUUUUCGACAUUGUUAAAAUCGUAUAUGACGUCAAAAUUAAUGACACACUGAAAGAAGGGUUUGGUAUGAACUAUAAAAUUGUAUUGUUGUGUAUACGUAACAUAUAAACAACGUGUGUACCUUAUUAAAAUAAACUUUACAAAAAAAGUAUAA